AUGAAUCCCUCUGUAUUGCCUGCUGGGCAAGAAUUGAAGAGCACCAACAGACCCAUCUACGGCGCUGACUCCAUACGCAUCAAUGACACCAUCUACAUCUAUGGCGGUUUCUACAAUGUGGCUCCGUGGAACAAGGAAGCCCUGUGGACACUGGAUAGCUCCCUCAGCAAGCUGACACAGAUAGAAACAGAUCCAUACGCCUCGCCGGCUGUGAUAUACCAUUCACUGCAAAGCCUGAAUGCAUCCACAUUGAUCUCAUUUGGCGGCCAUCUAAACGAGCACAACAUGACGCCUCCAGCAGAGCCAGAAUAUCUACGGUAUUACCAAUUCAGCUUUGAUCUGAGAAAAUGGACGCCACUCCAAAAGAAAAAUGCGACAAUAGAGACGCCCCUUGAGAGAUUCUGGCACACAACAAGCAAAUCAGAGAGUGGCAUUUAUCUCUAUGGCGGCAUGAAUAUGACUCAUGGUUUACAUGACGUUUGGCGAUACAAUGCAGAGAUGGAUGGCUGGACUAGACUAUCCGACCUAGAUGUGGCUAGAUGUGGACAUACUUCCACCAUGUUGGAUGAUGGUAAGAUGGUUGUUUUAGGCGGCUACGACUGUUCGAAUGCAUCGCUGUUGACACAAACUACAAAAAGCUUAAUUUCAUUAAAUAAUGCCGCUGUUUAUGACACGAAAACAGACGAAUGGUACCAGCAAACAUUGAAAGGAGACAUUCCACAAGCUAGAACUUUCCAUACAGCGGUAAAAUCAAGGGACAAUCGCAUUGUUAUUUGUGGAGGACAGAAUCAAGAGGCUGAGCCAUUUCAGUCCUAUCUGUCUGGAGAGCGCGCCUCUGACAUGAUGGCAAUACUCGACGUGAAUACAUGGGAGUGGCACAUUCCGGGCGCUUCGCCCUAUCAGCCCUUUCCGAGAUCGCAUGCCGUAGCCAAUAUUGUCAAUGAAACAAAAAUGAUUUAUGGAUUUGGCAUCAACUAUCACACUGUAUACGACGGCUUGUAUGUAUUUGAUUUGGACACCAAUCAAUGGCUGCCGCCUGCUGAUGUGUAUUAUAGUAUCCAUCAGCACUACUCUGUCGGUUUGAUUGUCGGAUUAUCGAUCUUUGGUGCAUUUGUCGGAUCAGCUUCGGUGGUGUUGCUGGGCUACUGGCUAACCAAACGACAUGGAUCAACUAUAAACAGUCUGUUUACAAGUACUAGACGGAAUAUAUGGAAUCCAAGCCCCAUCAUAGAUCAACAGUAUUACGAUCAUAAUUCUGAUUAUACGGUGGCAGCACCAGACAUCAGAUUCUGCUUUGACGGCUGGGUAAAUACGGCAAGUCCUGUGCUGCAAUGUGCUACUGACUUUGGAGAAUCAUGCAGCAAUUACUUGAUCAACAUCACUGAAAAUGUCAGAUCCAAUCUAAACUAUUACGGCACAAAGCUAUCCUGCCAGCUAUUCAGACCACUGAAACAGACAUUCAAACUGGGAAGAACGAACGAUCGCAUAGCGCACAGUGGCUCUUUUCUAAAAUUCUAUUACUAUGGUCAACCCAGUAACAACAGUAUAUUGCAUGUUGAAUUAUACCAUCCGGACCAUGAUGCGAAUCUUCCUGUAUACAAUAUCAGUGGAGAUUUUGAAUGGUAUAGCAUGGACGAAAAUGCCAAGUUUCAAUCCUCGGAGCAGAUGAAUCUCAAAACUGAAAACGUAUUUGAAGUGCAUCCCAGUUAUUCCACGCGCAUUGGAUAUGAGUUAUUGGAACGGCAAAAAAUGGAUGGCAGCGCUUGGAAUUACAUUGGCUUUGGCUCAACUCGCAUAUCUCAAUAUCAACUGAAGAGCAAUCAAAUGAGCGCUGAUAGUGAGACGACAUAUGGUACAAACCCGCAGCCUCUGGGCUCUCUGCAUGUGUAUCCUAUGCGCUACGAUGUUACUGUAAUGCGAGAACAACGAGCAUUUACUCUGGUAAAUGGAAUGGGUAUAGUCGGUGGUAUCUUUGGUCUUAUUGUCGGAUUUCAGGCGAGUUUGUUUGGCUAUCGACCUAGAUCACCGUGGGGUAUAUUGCAUCGCUGGUCCGUAGGUUUAAUGAGAAGGUCAUUGCUGCAAGGCCUAAGAGCUCGUUUUCCUACAACAGAUCAAGUCCAUAUUCCCAUUGUACAUCCAGUUCAUAGACGGUUCUCAGAAGCAUUAUUGUCAACCUCUCCUACUACUUCUUCAACUCCAAUAAGUGCAACAAGAAAACCUCAGUUGGCUCAUCGCACAACAAUAAUCGAAGAAAAAGAAGACGAUACUCUUACAAUCACUUCAAAGAAGGGUGACUUUUGUAUGGUUAGCGACGAAGACGAAGAUGAAGAAAAACGAAUGGCUCGUUUGGAGGAGAGACUACAUGUGUUUGAGCUGUUGUUUCAGGCUUAUUAUAUAGACGAUGAAGUGUUUAGAUCAUUACAAAAUGCUCAGAUAUAA